AUGUCGUCCACCGCCGCAGAAUCAACCCCAUCCUCCGAGGCACCAGGCUCCGGCCCGGUGCCCCCGGCCGCGACCCCGCUCCCCGUCCACCUCAAGCAGUCAUCAGAUCAGCAACCGCUAGCCCCCGCCGCCGGCGCCAGCAAACACCCCCGGCCCCGUCCCGUCCCGGACUUCGCCCUCCCCAAGCUCCGCCUCGAGAUCCGCGACCUCAACGACCAAGCCGCAACCCACUUCCUCUCCGCCGUCAACGCCAGCACCGCCCUCGCAACCGCCGUCCGCUCCGUCCUCACCCUCCUCUACGAAUCCCCCUCCAACCACACAACCCACGUCCCGCCAACCCGCUCCGUCACCCUCAUCCUCCGCCCCAUGGGCGGCGUCGCCUACACCACGGGCUCCGACCUCGACGACGACCACAAGGAAAUCCACUUCUCCCUCUCCUACAUCGCCGGCAUCCCCGCCGACCGCCGCACCGACGAGAUCAUGGGCGUCCUCACCCACGAAAUGGUCCACUGCUUCCAGCACAACGCCCAGGGAACCUGCCCGGGGGGUCUGAUCGAGGGUAUCGCCGACUGGGUCCGCCUCAACGCCGACCUGAGCCCGCCCCAUUGGAAGCGCGAUGCGAGCGGGAACUGGGAUGGCGGGUACCAGCACACGGGCUACUUCCUUGACUACCUCGAGGCGCGCUUCGGCGAGGGCACCGUGAGGAGGAUCAAUGAGAAGCUCCGUACCCAGAGAUACAAGGAGAAGGAGUUCUGGACCGAGAUUGUGGGCAGGCCCGUCGAGCAGCUGUGGAAGGAUUACGGCGAUAAGAUGAAGGAGGAGGAGACCGUGAUUGUAAACAAGGACGACAUUUCGGACGAUGAUGUUAGAUUGGGGAGGAUCAGAGCCGCCGAUGAGGUUCCGCAGUGA